GUAUACGGCAUCCCCGCCUCUGCCACCACCGGUCCAGUCCCUGAUGGACACGCCGCCGCCCUCUCUGCCGCCGUCCGCCCUCCUCUGGCCGGACCUCCUCGCGGGCGCGGCGUCCUCCACCUGCCGCCUCGUCGCCGCGCAUUCCCGUCACUUCCUGGCCCUAUCCUCUCUCCUCCUUCUCCCGCUCGCCCUCCUCCUACUCGCCCUCCCCUGCCCGUUGUUCUCUGCCUCCGCCUCCUCCGCCGCCUCCCCUCCCGUGCAUCUCCGGGUCCCGCAGGAUCCGUCGAGGUACCCACUACCCAUCCCGCUGCCGCUGCUCGCCCUUGCCGCGGCGCUCCUUUACCUCGCCGCCUUCGCCGCCGCCGCGGCCAGCGCGCACGCAGGGUUCUUCGGUCGCCCCGUCCGGCUCCUCGCCUCGCUCCGCUCAGUGCCAGCCUCACUCCUCCGCCUCAUCCUGACCGCCAUCCUGGCCUCCCCGCUCGCACUCCUUCCGCUCCUCCCGCUCCCCGCUGCGCUCGGCGCCGCGCUGCUCGUCCUCGGCUUCAUCCUUUUGUCCCCGUUCUGGUCCCUCGCUGGCGCCGCUGCCGUGGUCGAAUCGGCCACAGGCUUCACGCCGCUCCGGCGGAGCUGCCAGCUCCUCUCUACCGCCCGCCUCGCAGCGCUCUCCUCGUUCCUGGUAUUCGCCGCCGGGAUUGGGGUCACGCUCUGGGGCUUCGGCGGUGUGGCUGCCGAGAGGUACGACGCUGGGGCUGGGUGGGCUGGGAUGGCGCCUGUGGUGGUCAAGGCGGUGGCUGGCACAGCGCUGCUGGCCGUGAUGAUGCUGUACGGGAUGGUGGCCAACGUUGUGCUCUACAUGCACUGCCGCGCGAUGCACGGAGAGCUCACAGGGGAGAUCUACAAUGAGUUCGCCAACAUGUAUGUCUUCCUGCCCUAUGACGAUGGAAAAGAUCGCCAUGUUGUCUCAGUGGUCACGGUGUGGCCAUGAUUGGUUUCAGUGGAAGCAAUCAAGGUUUUGGUCUGGUGUGCGUUUCAGUUCUGUGCAUAAGUGUGUGUAAUUGUGAUGGAAUGUUCAGAACAUGUAGACUACUAUUAGUGUAAGGAAUCCAUGCGAUGGAAUGUUCAGAACAUGUAGGCUACUAUUAGUGCAAGAAAUCCAUGCUUUUGGUUUUGUACUACAAUAAAAAAAGGAUUUGAGUAUCAUAUACUCCCUCCUUUUUUAUUUGACGUUUUUAGUUCAAAAAUGAACUAUCCGGAUUCCGGCGUCAAAUAUUUAAGAAUGGAGUUAGUACCACUGAAGAUGGGAAUUGAAUGUAAACUGGGCAUCUGUUGUGUCAUAGGUUUCAUUCAGCGCUGCGGUAUUAAGAAUACAUCAGAGGUUAGAAAAGUAAUUGUCCUGCAUAUCAUAAUACUGUACUUAGGAUUGCUUACAACAAAACUUAGAAUGCAUUUGGCUCCAGUUGCAAACUGUCCUGUUGAAAUAGUAGAUAUAAGAGUAAUCAACUAAGGUG